AUGUUUCGGGGUCUGUCCCGCUGUAGCGGGGGCCCGGGCCUCGUCCUUUACGGCUGGCUGACCACGCCCCGCUCCAUGCGCCUGGUCCCCGGCCGGUGGGCCUCGGGCUGGGCUUGUGUCUGGGCGGGAGGGAGCGGGCGGGCUGGCCGCGGAGCUGACCACCGUGUCUUCCCGCCCUGCAGCUUCCUCAUCGUCCUGGUCUGCCUCAUCUUCAGCGUGCUGUCCACCAUCGAGCAGUAUGUCGCCCUGGCCACAGGGACCCUCUUCUGGAUGGAGAUUGUGCUGGUGGUGUUCUUUGGGACGGAAUACGUGGUCCGCCUCUGGUCAGCAGGCUGCCGCAGCAAGUACGUGGGCAUCUGGGGGCGGCUGCGCUUUGCCCGGAAGCCCAUCUCCAUCAUCGACCUCAUCGUGGUCCUGGCCUCCAUGGUUGUCCUCUGCGUGGGCUCCAAAGGGCAGGUGUUCGCCACCUCGGCCAUCAGGGGCAUCCGCUUCCUCCAGAUCCUGAGGAUGCUGCACGUUGACCGCCAGGGAGGCACCUGGAGGCUGCUGGGUUCUGUGGUGUUCAUCCAUCGCCAGGAGCUCAUCACCACCUUGUACAUCGGCUUCCUGGGUCUCAUCUUCUCCUCGUACUUCGUGUACCUGGCCGAGAAGGACGCCGUGAACGAGUCAGGUCAAGUGGAGUUUGGCAGCUACGCGGAUGCCCUGUGGUGGGGGGUGGUCACGGUCACCACCAUCGGCUACGGGGACAAGGUGCCCCAGACGUGGGUCGGGAAGACCAUUGCCUCCUGCUUCUCUGUGUUUGCCAUAUCCUUCUUCGCGCUCCCGGCGGGGAUUCUCGGCUCCGGCUUCGCCCUGAAGGUCCAGCAGAAGCAGAGGCAGAAACACUUCAACAGGCAGAUCCCGGCCGCAGCCUCCCUCAUUCAGACGGCCUGGAGGUGCUAUGCGGCCGAGAACCCCGAGUCCUCCACCUGGAACAUCUACGUCCGGAAACCCACCCGGAGCCACACUCUGCUGUCCCCCAGCCCCAAGCCCAAGAAGUCCGUCAUGGUAAAGAAGAAGAAGUUCAAACUGGACAAGGACAACGGGGUGAGUCCCGGAGAGAAGACGCUCACAGUCCCCCACAUCACAUGCGAGCCCGUGUCAGAAAAGCGGAGGCCAGACCACUUCUCCGUGGACACCUGCGACAGCUCUGUGAAGAGCCCCAUGCUGCUGGAAGUGAGCACGACCCACUUUUUGAGAACCAACAGCGUGGCCGAGGACCUGGAUCUGGAGGGGGAGACGCCGCUGGUCCCCAUCACGCACGUGUCACAGCUGCGGGAGCACCAUCGGGCCACCAUCAAGGUCAUCCGGCGUAUGCAGUAUUUUGUGGCCAAGAAGAAAUUCCAGCAAGCGCGGAAGCCCUACGACGUGCGGGACGUCAUCGAGCAGUACUCCCAGGGCCACCUCAACCUCAUGGUGCGCAUUAAAGAGCUGCAGAGAAGGCUGGACCAGUCCAUCGGGAAGCCGUCCCUUUUCAUCUCUGUCUCAGAAAAGAACAAGGACCGGGGCAGCAACACCAUUGGGGCCCGCCUCAACCGGGUAGAAGACAAGCCGGGGCUGCCGCACCAGAUUUAUCCGGGAGAAGAGAGGAUCAGGCCCCUGUCCGGGGACCUUACACAGGUGGCGCAGCUGGACCAGAGGCUGGUGCUCAUCACGGACAUGCUUCAGCAGCUACUGUCCCUGCACCACGGCGGCCCCCCGGGGAGCCGCCCCCCCAGCGGGGGCGGGGCUCAGGUGCAGCCCUGCGGCCCCACCAACCCCGAGCUCUUCCUGCCGGGCAACGCCCUGCCCACCUACGAGCAGCUGACUGUGCCCCGCAGGGGCCCCGAGGAGGGGUCCUGAUGGGGGCUCGGGGACCCAGGCCCUCGAGGGAAGGCCCGGAGGAGCCCCGGCGGCCCCGGGCCCACCUCCCACCCAGCAGGGGCCCCCUGGGUCACUGGCCCCUCCCUCGCAGGCCCCAGACCA